AUGGAAGAUGAAUCGCACAAAAGACGCGAAAAAUCGAUAUCAUUAGUUGAAGUACGUCUACAAGAAUUUGGUACUCAAUUAGAUAAUUUUUUUAAAAAUUCUAAUCAAUCACCUGAAAUCUUACAUACGCUUUUUCAACAAUAUUGUCCAUCAUCAUCAUCAAUAUAUGAAUCAAUUAUAUAUGUUUAUUCGAAUUCAUUAAACAAGCCAAGAAUAAAUAAAUUAUUAAAUAAAACAAUUGAAUAUUUACAUUUAAAUAAUGAUGAAAAUCUUCUUAAAAAUCCGUAUCAUUUAAAAGAAAUAAAAUUCAAUGAACAAAUAGAACAAUGUCAUUUAUUACAUGAUGCUAUUAUUAAAAAUUAUGAAAACAUUUUUCAAUUAUUACUCAAAUCUGGUUUUAAUCCAAAUAGUCUAUUAUCUGAUCAUAAAACACCAUUAUCAAUAUGUGUUGUUACAAAUGCUAUUGAUCCAAGGAAACGUUUGGAAUAUAUUCAAUUAUUAAUUGAACAUGGAGCAAAUCCAAUCAUACGAGAUGUUAAUAAUUCUUCAGCAUUUAAACGUCUUUGUGGAAUGGAAUCGAACUAUCCAAUUGUCUAUAAUUUCUUUCGUGAUUAUCUUCUUUCUGUCUAUCCUGAUCAAAUUGAAUUUGAAUUUAAUGCUGGUCUUCAAAAUGCUUUUUAUAAUUUUUGCAUACCUAUUGUUACUGAUCUUCUUGAACAUGGUGCUAUUUUAAAUGAAUUCAAAAACGUUGAUUCAUUGGAAUAUUUUUUAUCUCAAAUAGCUUCAACUAUUUUUAAAGAACGUCGUUCAAUAUCAUAUAUUGAUUCAUUUAUUUUAUGUUUAAUACAAAUAAUUUUACAUCAUAUUCCAUGUGAAAAUUAUUCAAUAUGUAUUGAAAAAUUUUUUCAAUUAAUUUAUAUACCUGGUGUUUGUUUUGAAGCAAAUAACGAUCCAUGUCAUCAUCCAUCAGUGACAAAUGUUAAAAAAAUUUUAUAUUUAUCUUUUCAUUAUGGAUAUUUAACAAAGACAAUAGCGAAUAAAAUUCGUACAAAAGAUCUUCCAAAGAUAUUAACAAUACCUAUGCAAAAUUCAUUUGUAUUACAAGCAAAACGACAACAAUUAGUUGAUACAUUAAAUCAAUAUUUUGAUGAAUUAAAAAUGAUAUAUCAUGAAAAUCCUGUAUCAUUAAAACUUUUUUCAAUUAGAAAAAUUCGUCAAUCAAUGAUAAAAGUUAAUCAAAAAAAUAUCGAACAAUUAAAUAUAAGUCGACAUUUAAAAAAUUCACUUUUAUUGCAACAAUAA